AUGUUCUCUUCCUAUCAAAUCUCCAAAGCCAUCAAUAACUUCGAUCCCAAGUAUUCUCUCCCUGAUAUUCCAUCACCCUUACGCUGGUACAAGGAAGUCAUCGAAGGCAGAUCUUACGUGAUCAAGAGAUUAACAAGGCAAGUGGGUGAAGAGAGUGCUUACAACGAUAUUGUGUUAUCUGCUCGGGUAAGUAACCACAUUGGUUUCCUCAAACUCAUGGGAUGCUGUCUCGAAUUUCUUCAUCCGGUGUUGGUAUUUGAAGACCUAGAAUAUAGAUCUUUGAACACUCGAGGAAGUGUUGGUAGCUUGGAGACGCCGGUGUUGCCGUGGAAUGUACGUUUGAAGAUUGCCAAAGAGGUUGCGGUUGCUAUAACUUAUCUUCACACUGCUUUCCCUAGAAUCAUUGUCCACAGAGAUAUUAAGGCAACUAAUGUUUUGUUGGAAAAGAAUGGGAGGGCUAAGCUCACUGGUUUCUCGCUUGCCGUUACACUCCCUGAGGGUAAGACGUGGAUUCAAGAUAGAUUGGCUGGAACUUUCGGAUACAUAGAUCCUAUUUAUCACUUGACGAAAAUAGUGUCAGAAUACACAGAUGUGUACAGUUUUGGAAUCUUUAUGCUGGUUCUUCUGAUGGGACGACCACAACUUCUAUCAGAUGGGCACUCAGUUUUUGGUACUAGUAUUCUUAAACAUGUGAAGGAUCUUCUGGAGAGAGGAGAACCUGUUGAGUUCGGGGGUGGUUCGAACGACAUGAGGCCUGGUCAGAUGAGAAUGUGUCUCGACCUGGCACUUGGAUGCUGUGAGGAGAGGAAUGAAGACAGGCCGAAGAUGAUCUUGGUGGCAAAAGAGAUUAAGCUAAUAGAACAAGCAUCAAUUUGAGAUUAUGCUCAUACCUAGUAAGUUUGUGUAUAUGUGUAUUGCUGGAUUUCUUGUAGUAUAUGAUUUUCUAGUAAGACUUCAUUUCAAUUAAGAAA